CCAGAUUUGGUUACACUGAGGGGCGCAUCGUUCCUAAGAGGUUAACGAUGCGCGAACGGUACGCGUCUCUGUGUUUUCUAAUCAUCUUAUCGCAACACGUAGCGCUUGGUACGAUCGACGUUAACGUAAACGAGCUGGAAUAUUUGGCAGCGCGACUCAAUCCGUUCGAGUGUCGACGCUUAAUUGCUGCUCUCCAUUACACGAGUUACGAAUUACCGAACAGCUUGGCAGCAGCUGUACGCGACGUGGACGACGAGAUCCCUUGUAUUCGUCACCUGAUCCACUGGAAUGGUUCUCCAGCAGAGGGCAGGGGCAACACCCACGAAGCCCUGACUCACAGGCUGCGUCAGAUUAAUCGAAGCGACCUGGCGGAUUGGUUAGGGAAAUCUGCGUUCGCGCAAUUGGGGAAAGACCUCGACAGAGCGGUCGCGAAUGCGUUCGAUAAGAUCGAGAAAGAAGAAACGGAGCAUUCGUGAGUAGAUACAGUCAGUCCCACAAGUAUUCGUACCCUCGUUGUUUGCAAGAGAAAUUUCUUCAAAUCGACGAAUGCAUUUAAAGUUUUGCGAUGAAUUUUUUAGGGUGUACUUCCGAAAAGGACAUACCUCCAAUCUUACGUAUUUUGUCGUGCUGAUGACGAGCAUGAUAGUGAAAA